AUGGCAAGAUCACUCAGGAUAGAAGAGCUACUCCUGCAUAACUCUUCUUCAGGCGACAACGACAAGACCCGCCAAAGCCCCUCAAGCUGGAGGAAUGAUGCGCAAAGCGGGACGCCGACGCCUCGUCCGGAGCUUUUGGUGAAGACUUCUACCAGCCUUGUACGGUCCAAGCCCCAGGCCCUCGAUCGAUAUUCUUGGGAAGUCAACAGCGAUGAAUCAUCUUCAGUCCGUCCCGGAAAACGAAAAUCCCCUAUCGAGGGCCAGGUUGUGCCGGUAAAGAAGCCUGCUCGAUUACCAAGAUUCUCCGUCAACAUCUUCCAUCCCGAACCAAUUAAUAUUUUCCCCAUCCCUGCCGAAGGGUGCGUACCGCGCAUGGUGAAAUAUUACUUGCAAGUUUGGGCGCCACAGCAUGGUCGGGCUCUUGCCUUCGAGGGUCAUUCAAGACCAUACCAGUCCCUAGUAUUUCCUUAUGCUCUCGAGCAUGCUGUGCUCUUUGAGUCCAUGGUGGCUCUUAGCCGUGCUUCAUGGCUUUUGACGGAAGGAAUACCUUGGUUUCGGGACAGUGCCUUGGCUUACCACCGCGCAAAUGCAUUUGCCGCCCUUCGACUGAGAUUGACAUCCGAGGCCACACGGGCGGACGACACCACGAUUUUAACCAUCGCUGCUCUGACUACAAUCGAUUACAUGUUGGGGAUUCAUGAAGGUGCAGAAAACCAUAUCAAUGCCAUGCGGCAAAUCCGAAAAAUCAGAACCGACCUAAAAGGCGACACACCAUGGCAAUACUUUGUCAUUUCUUCGAUGAAAGCUUAUGAAGCCCUCUGGACAUUUGUCAAGGACAGAAAUGAGGCUACGACAAACAUGUCUCAAUUGUCCAUAGAAUCGCCCAUGCGGAACGAACUGCCCGCUUAUCCGUCCCUUCCUUUCAACACCAAGGUCUGCGAAGCUCUAUCAAAAGUUUCCCCGGCCUUUAACGACAUGGCCAUGGAAGGUGAAUUGUCCAUUCAGAUAAUCGACAUCUUAGCAAACCUUUCGAUCGCCACAAAAGGCGAAGGCAGUCCCAGUCCCCCGAGUAGCCCACCAGGCUCACCCGGAGCUCGAGAUUUACUAAACACGAUCGCUGACCUUCGAUGCCUCUCCGUCAUGGCUACCACUUCAAUAGAGCACAUGCUGUGCUUUGGAAUUAUUGGCUGUUGCUUCACAUUACACUUUGGAGGUGCUAAAAUUGGGGAAGAAUUCAACGAGUCACUCCAGGAGCUUGAAGAUACCCUUACCGGCAAUGGAAAGCGAGGACCACAACUGGAAAAAACUUUGGAGACGCAUCGAGAAUGCUUAACAUGGAUUUCAAUGGCUGCCACAGGUGCUCUUGAGAUGUCAGAAAUUUUGUCACCCGUGAGUAGAGUAUUGGACCAAACAUUGGAAAAAUAUCCUGAAGAAACAGCUCGGUGGGAGACCUUAGAGAAGAUACUGCAGAAAUAUCUGUGGAACCCCCUUCUAGCACGACACUGGAAGAGGUGUUGGCGAAGAGCCAUUCACCGGCAGUCAAAAGCACGAUGA